UGAUGACGGGAAUCUGAGAAGUCCUGUACACACAUUGCCUAUUCCUCGGCAUCUUCAUCCUCAGAAUUUGACUCCAGUUUUAGGUCCUCGAGAGCAUCCCAGGGAGGGGACCAGAAAACAUGGACAGAGCACCGUUGUUGCUUGUUCUCCUGGUUGUCCUGGGUGUGGCGGAGUGUGUCGAGCCUCUGACAGAUUUAGAAAAUAUUUCUGGGAAGCUGUCUUUUUAUCAAAUGGAUGGCAACGCCACCUAUGUGAGAGACACUGGAGAGCUGGCUUCAGAUAUCCCCACCGAGACUAUGUUCGAACUUUCUGAUCCCCAGCAAAAUUUCACCAUGGCCAAGUUCAGCUACACUUGGGAUUUAGGGAACGGAGAGGUGAUCCAGGGGACUGAGCCUGUUGUCCGGUACCACUACGCCUUAUCUGGAAACUACACACUCCGGCUGAAAAUUGGAGUCAAUAUGACCCAAUCCACACCUCCACUAACUGGAAUCUACUCUAAGGAUGUUCAAGUGCUUGAUGCCAUUAAAAGCAUUGAACUGAAGGGUCCCUCUGAUUAUGAAGUGUAUCAGACCACUGGCCUGGCUUUUCAUGUGGAUGGGAGUCCCCCCAUGUGGGUGUGUUGGCGCUUCCUUCCCAAAUGCGAGCCCGACACGACGGGGGGCUGCACGCUGACCACGCUGUACGAGAACUCCUUGUGGCUCAACCACACCUUCACCUCGGCCGGCGUUCACUGCCUGAACAUCAGCGUCCGCAAUGACAUCAGCAAGCUGCAGACCUCCUUCAGUCUCUUCGUCAGGAAAAACAACACCGCCAAUAUGCUCUUCAUCCUGUCUUGCGCCACUAUCCUUGUGGCAACUUUCUCUUUCAUCACUGUCAUCGCCUGCCACCCUCGAUGUCUCAACAAAUCUCAGAUCACAGCGUCCAGCAAUGCUUUGUUCCUGAAGAGGCACACUGAUGGCCACAGCAGAAUUGUUUUAAACAUGUCCCGUGUUGAAAGAGAAGAGAAAGAACCACUGUGGGGACAGAAUGCAACGCACUACUACGCUUAACCAUUCUCAUCUAUGAGUUCUUUUAUGGGGUCAGAGGAGGAAUACCAUUUCUUAUUUGGAAAUUAUGAAACUAAAUGAAUGAAUUCAAAACGGCACAGGUAAUGUACAAACAACAACAAUUUACUUCUAACUUACUAAUUUCACAGUACUCAGAAGCUAUUUGAAACUAGACAGUUGGUAUAAUUGGAGGGGAACAGGUGUACGUAUUUUAAAAAAAUCUGACAAGAACAAACAUAAAACAGACGUGUCUCCGUUAGAGGAGUUAAACUGUGGAUAAUAAUGAACUGAAAA